UCACCUGAUUGAAAUUCUAAAGCCCAGGGAUCACCAUAUUUGUUUAUCCUUGGUUCUUUGUUUGCUUCUCCAAACCCCUAUCCGAGAUGGUGCGGCUCGGAUCAUUGAUUCACAUUUUCCUUCUUUUUCUUGGGUUUUCUUUUAAUUGCUUGAAAUUUUUUUUCUCUCUUUUUUACAUUUGCUAUUCCUUUUGUUUGGAUAAGAUGUAUCUCCAGUUCUAUAUAAAUGAGAAUGGUGACAAAGUUUACACCACUAAGAUUGAGAUUGUGGGAAGGACGACCUUUUAUGUAAUGAAACUAAAACCUUUUAUAAACUUGAAACUUAAAAGUUGGUAUCCAACCGUGUCAUCCAUGGCACUCAACUACAACAGUGAUAACGUCGGCUUGGAAACAUCUCGUUUCUCCCCCGAUGACAAAUAUUCGAGGCAAAGAGUUCUUUUGAAGAAACGUUUCGGUUUGUUGCCAACCCAGUAA